AUGAGGAUAACUUUUACAGUGUUUGUGCUUCUCAUCCAAACAUUUUUCUGUUUAGCUUCAAAUGAUUCCCAAUUUCAACUAAUUAACAGGGGCACUGGUUUUUGUUUGGUAAAAUUAAAUAACUUCUGUUUUUCCAUGCGCUGGACAUCUGGGGAUCGACUUUUGGUUCAGUAUAAGAACAAGUGCCUGGGUAAUCAGGGGAAAACUGUGGGCAGUGAAGUAAACCUCUAUGACUGUGAUGAAACCAGUGAGCUCCAAAAGUGGGAAUGCAAGAAUGAAACUGUGAUCGCUCUCAAAGGCCAAGAACUUUACAUUGACCUCACUGCUGAUAACUCGGCCGUGCUCUCAAAUAAAGUCGGAUCCAGUAGCCAUCUUACAAUUUCUGGGACUUCCAGUGGUGCUUGCACAAGAACAUAUACAGAACUUUACACCAUUGAAGGAAAUGCAGCUGGAAGGCCGUGCAUGUUUCCUUUCUUCUACAAAAGCAAUUGGUACUCGGAGUGCACUCCAUUUGACGAUGCAGGGAACCGUAAAUGGUGUGCAGUUGAAACAAAAUAUGAUCAUGAACUCUGGGGUUACUGCCCAACUAACUCCAAAGAAACCUGGAACAAAGACCCCACAACAGGAGCAUCUUAUCAGCUCAACACACAGUCAGCGCUGACCUGGGGUCAGGCUGACGCCAGCUGCAAACAGCAGGGUGCCUCCCUGCUCAGUAUCAGCAAUCCUCACGAGCAAGCUUAUGUUUCAGCACUAUUAGGGGCAAAUAGGGGGCAGGAGUACAAGCUCUGGGUUGGACUGAUCUUCCAGGAUUUAGAUUAUGUGUGGAAGUGGUCUAAUGGGAAUCCUUAUGCAUAUCUGAAUUGGGACUCAGGACAUCCAGUUUCUAAUCCAGGAUAUAAGUGUGGAAUUAUUGAUGGCGCUGUUCAGUACUCUUGGCAAAGUUCAAAAUGCAACAAGAAACUGGGAUACAUCUGCUACAGUGAAGGACCUUUGGCUGCACCUACUGAAGCGGCCGAGAGCGGAUUCUGUACAGCACCCUGGAUCCCCUACAAUGGCCACUGCUUUUACCUUUAUCGUAAUGAAACAAAAAAAUGGUCUGAUGCUCAGAAAGUUUGCCGUAAAGAAGGAGGAGACCUAGUAAGCAUUCGUAAUGUGGAGGACCAAAGCUUCAUCAUCUCUCAACUUGGAUAUGCAUCCACUGAUGAACUCUGGAUUGGACUAAACGAUAGGAACAGAGAGAGGCUGUUUGUCUGGAGUGAUCAUUCUCCUGUGAGUUACACUAGCUGGGACUCUAGGGAACCAACUGUCACCUCUGAACAAGAAGACUGUGUUCUGAUCAGAGGGGAGAAUGGAAACUGGGCUGACCGUGUGUGUGACGAGAAACAUGGCUUUAUCUGCAUGAAGACAAGUGACUCUGAAACCUCUGGAGAUGAAGUGGUGCUGAACGCAGGCUGCAAAACUGGUUGGAAAAGACAUGGAUCCUACUGCUACUUUGUAGGGACUGAGACAAAGACGUUUCAUGAAGCCAACGAUGACUGCAAGAGCUCAAACUCUUACUUAGCUGAUGUUUCAACUGGGGUGGAUAAUGCUUUCCUUGUAAGCUUGGUGGGACUGAGGCCAGAGAAACACUUCUGGAUAGGUCUCUCAAACCUGAAAAACAGAGAAUAUUUUAUGUGGACCAACAAUGCCUAUGCAAGAUAUACUCACUGGAACACUCAUAUGCCAGGUCACUUGCAGGGUUGUGUUUCUAUGGCAACUGGGCAUUCUGCUGGCCUUUGGGAUGUGUUACCUUGUACCAAUAAGGAAAAAUACAUCUGCAAACACCUGGCAGAGGGGGAAGCUUUAACCCCUGCUCCACCGAGCACUGCCACACCUAACUGCACAGAUGGAUGGAGUAAGAUGCAAUCCAGAGGCGUCUGUUAUAAGAUCUUUCCAGAGGCUUUAGAAAAGACAAAGACCUGGUACGAGGCUAGAGAUUACUGCAGAGCCAUUGGAGGAGACCUAGUCAGCAUUCACAGCGAACAUACAUUUGUCCAUUAUAGGCUUAAUCAAUACUGGAUUGGACUUAGUGCGCCCGACCCAGACACAGGUUAUGUAUGGAGUGAUGGAUCCCCGGUAAACUUUCAAGAGUGGAGUGAUGGAGAGCCAAACAAUAAAAAUAACGCUGAAUCAUGUGCUCAAAUGGAACACUAUUAUUGGGAGAAAACUUUGUUUUGGAGUGAUGUGCACUGUGAGAAGUACAAUAGCUGGAUUUGUCAGAUCCACGCAGGAGUCACCCCAAAGCCGGCUCCAGACCCUGUCACCCCUGAGUAUAACACGACCUCUGAUGGGUGGCUAGAAUGGAAUGGGGCUCAGUAUUACAUUAACAAAAAGGCGAUGGCCAUGGAGGACGCUCGUACCUUCUGCAAACAGAGGCAUGGUGACCUGGUAUCUAUCAACAGUGAAGAAGAAAGGAUAUUUUUAUGGAAACAGAUUUCAACAGGUUAUCUGAGUUCUUGGAUUGGCCUAUCUGUAGAUCUUGAUGGAACAUUUCAGUGGAUGGAUGGUUCUCAGUUGUUGUUUCAAAGUUGGCAGGAAAAUCAACCUGACUUCAAGAACUUUGAUGAGAACUGUGCUUUCAUGGCAUAUCACAAUGGAUUCUGGCAUGACUCCAGCUGUGGGCUUGAGUAUGCGUCCAUUUGUAAGCGCAGCAGCUCAACACCUGCAAACACCACCGCCGCAGUGCCUACAGUGCCUCCAAAAGGUGGAUGUCCACCCCCCUGGAAAAAAUUUAACUCUAAGUGUUACAGCAUCAUUGACAAUCAGAAUUUAACAUGGCAUGAUGCAAGGGAAAAAUGCAAACAAAAGGGUGGAAACUUGGUGUCUAUUACUUCAAGAGACGUGGAAGUGUUUUUACUGUCUCAAAUGGCUGAUGCACCUACUACAGACUUGUGGAUUGGUUUAUUUCAGUCACAGUGGAGAACUUACUGGACUGAUGGACAACCAAAGUCAUACAUCAAUUUGGGUAAUGAUCGUUGGUAUUGGUAUUAUAAUCAAAAGAAAAACUGUUUUGUGAUCAAUACCAAGCCUUUGGUUGGUAUUGGGAAAUGGAUUCAAAAGUCAUGCAAUGACACCAAUGGAUUUAUCUGUCAUCGAAAUCUUGACGCAUCUCAACCAGAUUCUCCAGAACCAACAAUUUCUACUAACUACAUGAAAAUACUCAAUGACUCAAUUAAGGUUGUUCCUCAACAAAUGAAUUGGGAUAAAGCUGCAGAGUACUGUAAAAAUGACGAUUCCCUCCUAGCUAGCCUGAGGAAUGAGUGGACACAAGCUUAUGUUGAGCUCCUGGCGCUGAAUCUCAAGGCUCCUCUAUGGUUUGGAUUACACAAAGCGCAGAUCAAUGGUUCUUUCAGAUAUGUUGAUGGAUGGCAUUUAACAUUCAGUCGAUGGGGUAAAAAUGAACCAAGCAAAGACCGAAGUUGUGUAUACAUGGAUGUGGAUGGAAAAUGGAAAACCGCUCACUGUAAUGAGUCACUAAGGAGUGUUUGCAUGAAGUCUACAGAUGUGCUGCCAACAGAGUCAACUCUUUUUCCAGGAGUUUGUCCUCUAGACCCAGAGACAACAAUAGAAAACAAGAACUAUAUCUGGUUACCAUUCAGGGGUUAUUGUUAUAUUUUUAUCACAGAGCAAAAGCGCUGGCAAGACGCAUCUACCAGCUGUGUAGCACAUGGUGGAAUGCUUGCCAGCAUUGAAAAUUCCUCUGAGCAAAAAUUUCUAGAAAGUAACUUGAGAACUUUUCAAGAUAGUUACACAUCUUUCUGGAUUGGCCUGUUUAAAAAACAAUACAAAGAGGAAUGGCUCUGGUUGGAUAGAUCAGUCAUUAGUUACACUAACUGGGCUGAAGAUCAACCUGUUAAUGGCAGCAGAUUACCCCGCAGAGGAGAGAUUAGUACAUCAGAUGGGACAUGGAAGGAUAUCAAAAUGUGGGUUGAAAGACCUUACAUCUGCAAGACACAAAAAGUAUUGCUACCAAAGCCAUCGCCAUCAUCGAAAACUGGAUUACCUCAUCAUCAGCGUGUCUAUAUAACCACAGCAGUUGUGUUAGUCAUUACUGGGAUUGCAGUGGUGGCGGUAACUGCUGUCUUCUUCUUCAAGAAAUUUGGUCAUCAGUUACCCGCCCCUAACACCUUUGAUAACCCGCUCUUCUUCAGCAGUAGGGUGUCACAGCCUGAGCAAGCUGACACCAGUAUACUAGUAGAGAAUGCAGCAGAAGAGAACACUGGAGAUUUAAUCAGUAUGUAA